AUGUCUAUGUCCGUCGAAGACGCUGGUGUGGAGCGGGCGCCGAAGCCCGUUCCCGAUAUCCCGGACAGUGUCUUCUCGCAACUGCGAAUGGAUGGGAGAGUCGUGGCCAUCACUGGAGGCGCUGAUGGCAUUGGUCUUGCUGUUGCAGAAGCAAUGGCGGAAGCUGGUGCAAACGUUGCAUUGUGGUACAACUCUAACAAAGCCGCAAUCGGACGGAGCAAGGAGUUGGAGGAGAGGUAUGGCAUCAAGUCAAAGGCGUACCAAGUCGAGGUGUCAGAUCAUGAAGCCGUUGAGAAGACUAUGGCGGAGACUGUCAAGGACUUUGGGAAGCUCAAUUGUUUCAUCGCAAACGCGGGCAUGGCAAUUUCGAAGGCGAGCACAGAGCAGACGAUCGAGGAGUACAGGAAACAGAUGUCUGUCAACCUCGACGGCGUCUUCUACUGCGCAAAAUAUGCCGGUGCUAUCUUCAAGAGCCAAGGAUUCGGCAACCUCAUCAUCACAUCCAGCAUUUCCGCACACAUUGUAAACGUUCCAGUCGAUCAGCCUGUAUACAACUCCACAAAAGCAGCAGUGACCCAUCUCGGAAAGAGUCUGGCACGGGAGUGGCGAGAGUUCGCUCGUGUGAAUAUUGUAUCGCCCGGCUUCUUCGACACAAGAAUGGGAGCUUCGCCUAAAGUGGUCAAUGAGGCGUAUCGAAUGACUCCAUUGGGCCGUAUGGGCCAUGUAAAGGAGAUCAAGGGGUUGUACUUGUACUUGGCGAGCGAUGCUUCGACUUAUAUGACAGGCAGCGACAUAUUGAUCGAUGGAGGGUAUGUACUUCCGUAA